GAUUCCCAAUCAGCCUAUGGCGCAAAUGAGCCCAGACGCGGUUCCCUCCCGCCACCCUCUCGCCGCCGACCCGCUGCCGGCGCUCCGCCGGCUCCGGGCCGCCGCGCCGCGCGUCUUCGGGCAGCUCCACGCGCUGCUCCUCACCUCCGGCCUCGCGCUCCACUCCCCCAACUUCACCCUCCUCCUCCGCCUCGCCUCCUCCUCCGUCCCCUCCCUCUCCCACCGCCUCCAGCUCCUCCUAUGCUCCCCACUGCCGCCCACACCGCUUUUCUCGCCAACUCCCUCCUCCUCGCGCACCUCCCUUCCGCGCCCCCCCUCUACUCCCUCCUCUUCCUCGCCUCUCCCCCGCUCCUCCGCCCCAACGAGUUCACCUAUCCGGCCCUCCUCCGCGCCUCCCCACCCCGCACCGCGCUCGCGCUCGCCACCCAUUCGCUUAAAUUCCUCGGCGCCGGGGCCGCCUCCAGCGACCGCGUCCUCGGGUCCGCGCUGCUCGACGCCUUCGCCCGCUGUGGCAGGAUCGCGUCCUGCCGCCGGGUGUUCGACAGGAUCGCCGAGCCGGACCUGCCGGCCUGGAAUGCGCUGCUCACCGCCUACGCGCGCCGGGCCAGGGAUUCGUCGUGCGCCGGCGAGGCGGCGGAGAUUCUUGAGCUGUUUGCGCGCAUGGUCUCAUCGACGGUCCCGCCAAACGAGAUCACGCUCGUCGCCGUCGUCGGCGCAUGCGGGGAGCUCGGCGCUCUCGGGCACGGCCUGUGGGCGCACGCGUAUGCUCUCAAGCGCAGGCUGACCGUGAACUGUUACGUGGCCACCGCGCUCGUGGAGAUGUACACCAGGUGCGGCAAAAUGGACCUGGCCGAGCAGGUGUUCGCUGGCGUUACGGACAUGGACACAUGCUGCUACAAUGCCAUGCUCCAGGGCUUGGCAUUCCAUGGGCAUGGCCGAGUUGCCCUCACCUUGUUUGACAGGAUGUGUGCCGAGGGCUUCCCGGUUGAUAGCGUCACGGUGCUGGCGGUGAUGUGCGCGUGCGCCCACGCUGGGUUGGUGGAUGAAGGGCAGUGGCUCUUCGACAGAAUGGAGAUUCAGUUUGGGGUCACACCGAGGAUUGAGCAUUAUGGAUGCAUGGUUGACAUACUGGGCCGAGCUGGUCAUCUUGAUGUUGCCGAGAAGCUUAUCCGAGGGAUGGACAUUACGCCGAACGCCGCAAUGUACAGGUCUUUGAUACGGGCAUGUGGGAUUCAUGGCAAGCUAGAAAUUGGGGAGAGGAUGAUCCAAGAGCUGAUGAGGCUCGAGCCAGAGCACAGUGGAAAUUAUGUCCUGCUGUCCAACUUCUACGCGAGAAUGAAACUAUGGGAGGACGCAAAGAAGGCGAGGAAGGAGAUGAAGGCCAUGGGCAUUGACAAGAGCCCCGGGUCAAGCCUCCUUGACAUCAAUGGUGUUCUCCAUGAAUUCUUGAUGGGUGACAAGACACACCCUGCCUCAAGGGAGAUAUACGCCAUGAUUCAAGAGAUCCAAGCCAGAUUGAAGGAAUGCGGGCACCGGCCGAGCACCACGGCUGUGAUGUUCAACGUCGAGGAGGAGGACAAAGUAGGUGCGCUGUCCUACCACAGCGAGAGGCUCGCCAUUGCCUUCGCCCUGAUCGCCUCCUCUCCGGGUGCGCCCAUCAGGAUCAUCAAGAACCUCCGGGUGUGCAGUGAUUGUCACGAGAGCACGAAGCUCGUCUCCCGGGUGUAUGGAAGGGAGAUCAUCAUGAGGGACCGCACCCGGUUCCAUCACUUCAGAGAUGGCCAUUGCUCAUGUGGAGAUUUCUGGUGACUGGUCAUUAGCUGUUUGCCAUGUGCAUAAGAAUGUGUUGUAGAUUCGUGUUCCUACUUGUUCUGUGUCCUACUCCAGACUGGACGAUGGACGGCGUCGUGAACACGAAGCAGCCGGAACCAGCGGUUGGCGACGGCGUUGAAGUCUGCAAAGAACCCUCAAGAACCAAGACUAGCCCCGGAAGAACAAGGUAAAAAUCCUAAUUUUCUAGUAUAAUGUUCCAAUGUCAAGUGUCAAGGAUGAGAUUCAAAUGAUAAUUUGCUGGGGCCUUAUGCAGUAUACUGAAUUUAUGUUUUAUGAUUUAGUCAAUAGCCAAGGAAUGUUAUUGAUAGAUUCAUUGGGAUGGGACACGGAGUUUGAUUACGCAAUAGUUGUAACCCAGCGAAGUGAGGUUUUAUGGCCAAUCAAACUGUAUGGGUAUGCCAUGUGAGCAUUCAGUGGUGGAGCUACCAAAGAAAAGCUGGGCGGGCCACAGAGUAGAAACAGUGCUAUCAAAUUGGAAAUCAGUGCAUUGUUGUGUGCUGGGCUUCAUACAAUUAUUAUUUUUGCUUCGGUCCUGGGAGGGCCAUGGUCCAUCCGGCCUUGCCGUAGCUCCGCCGGUGUUAGCAUUACAACAACAUGCUCAGCUCAUGAAUAUGCCACAGAUGUUCGUCUGUCAAUCAGUUGAUGUGAGGCUGUGCCUUGUUCUGAAUUUAGUAAGAUAUGAAAUUUCUGACUACAAAUUUACAAUUGCUUGGUGUAUGCUCCAAAGGUUUAAUGUUGUUUGCAUUAAAAGCCAGCAUGUUGACAGGUGUUGCCAUUUGCCUGCUUGCGUGUGAAGAGGAAAACACACAAAUUCAAAUUUUAACAACAAGGGCAGGAGGUUUGCCCAAGCUGUGUAUAUAAGCAGGGAGUUGAGGGGCAGGACUGCAGGAAGACUCAGUUUCAGUCAUCUACGCGAAGGUGUAGUUGGAGCAAGAUCAAGUUUUAGUGGGAGGAGAAAUAGAGUGAAUGGCUCCGACCGAGUUAUCUAGCACCUCCUCUGCGGUUACGCGUCUCAGAACAUACUCCUGAUGAUGGUGGAUUAACAGCUGAAGCGGAUGCGUCCGAAUCGUCUGUGAAUCAAGCGAUAUGAUCAGGCAUGGCUGUCAGUGCAGCUUCAGGUGCCGUGACGGUGCAGGAAGUGAUUGAUGCCUGUAGAAGGUUUGAUCACUUUCAUAUAUCUGUGGAUCAACCUGAAGAUUCCAGCUCACAGUGCUGACAAGGGACUGUUUGCUUGUUUCUCUCUACAAAAAUUUGAGUCAUGCCAAAACAUGAUAGAAAUAGAAGUCAAGACUGUUAUGUCCAAAAUUUAUCAAAUUAAACGUAGAUGCUUCCUACCAUGCAGAGGAGGGAUCCGGGGCGACAGGUGCUGUCCUACAGGACGAUAAAGGCCAUUUUAUUGCUGCUCAAUGUAGAUUCAUUCCGGUGGCAGCUGAUGUAACGGCAGUUGAGGCCAUGGCAAUGCGAGGUGGUUUAAACUUAACAUUUGGGAUUUAACAGAAUCGAAGCGGAAUCUGAUUCUUUGAGUGUGGUGAAUUAUUGCCAGGGGCAAAAUCAAUGGUGGGAUGCAGCAGCAGCAAUAUUUGCAGAAUGCAUUGAUACAACAACAUCAAUAGGGAAGGUCAUCCUUUUGCAUUGUUAUCGUGAUGCUAAUUCAGUAGCUCAUGAGCUAGCUAAAUUCAGUUUUUGUAAUUAGAGUAAUGAUAAUUGGACUGAUGAACCUCCGGGUUUCCUUAUCAGCCAAUUAGUGAACGAUGUAAUUAUUUUGUGAUUUAAUAAAGCUAGCCAUGAUGGCCUUUCUCCAAA